CAAAAGCAUCUCGAAGUCGAGGCGACCGAUCGCAGUCAACUCGGAGCAGUUUUUGAUCACUUCUGUGGAAAGGAAACAUCUUUCAACCAUCUGUGUUCAACAGCCGCGUGUGCCUCUGAUACGAAGCAAAUUGAUAUCAAUUUCCAGAAGUUACGAUUGAACAUAUUUCCAGCAAAGACAGAAACAAUAGAUUAUCAUUGGAUUGUUCAGUUCAGGCACGCGGAGUGUGAAACUAUUGUGUGAAAAUGAGCGGUGGAUUUAUCUACGAGCAUCUCGUCUCGUAUCUACUACCAGAAAAGAAAGCUCGGUCGGUUCUGAAGAGGCCCUUGAUUCCUCCCGUGUUAAAGAAGUAGAAACAACACCGAGAUAAAUUCUUUAAAAACGCGUAUGUUGUAAAAGAGCAGUGCGAAGUGAUUUAGAACAGUAUCGGUUACUGAAUUGCAGUACAAAAUUCGAACAAUAGUGCAAUCAGAAUAAUAGUAAAAUGUUGAAAAAGUAUGUACUGAAAUUGACGAACACCAUCGGAACGGUUGAUUAUCUGAAGAGAAGAUCGUCUUCACCGGGCGAGGUGAUUCGACAACAGCAAAGAGAACAACAUCAUGGUAUUCCUGGACACAAGGGAUCUAGCCUGUUCUCUCGCGCUGGGCGAAAGGGCUUUCGGCGACGCUUUUCCAGUAUAUCCUCUGCAGACAGUGGUAUCCUUGAAGAGAUUGAUCAAGAAGAUGAACUGCAGGCCCAGCUGCAGGAAAGGCAGGAACAGCAUCAGCUGCGUCUACAGGAGGAACAAAUGGAGCACGAGUUGCACGAGGAACAGCAGCAUGACUCGGCCAUUACGACGCCCACGUAUGAGGAGUCCGGUGAAAUGACGAACGUCGACACACCUGCUCAGUUGCCUUCAGCGUUUGAUACAAGCCUUCUAGUGAUGCCAGUUGCGCAAAUUAUUAUCUCCACCGCCAUAGCGGAACUGCGGAGUGCCCUGCUCUUCUAUCCAUGGUUCCACGGUAAUCUGUCUGCAAAAGAGGCGGAAAAGCUUAUUCUGGAACGUGGCAAGAAUGGGUCGUUCCUAGUUCGAGAAUCUCAAAGCAAGCUGAGUGAUUUUGUCCUUUCGGUCCGGGCCGACGAUAAAGUGACGCACGUCAUGAUCCGAUGGCAUGAAAAAAUGUACGAUGUCGGUGGGGGGCAAAAGUUUGCGACCUUGUGCGACCUGAUCGAGUACUACAAGCGUAAUCCGAUGGUGGAGACCUGCGGCACCGUCGUCCAUCUGCGACAACCGUUCAAUGCGACGCGCAUUACGGCGGCAGGCAUCAACGACCGAGUCGAGCAGUUGCAGCGUGAAAAUGGAGGCCAGUCGUACGGCAAGGGCGGUUUUUGGGAGGAAUUUGAAUCUCUACAGCAGCAGGAGUGCCGGUACACAUUUUCGCGCCGCGAAGGUCAACGAAACGAGAAUCGUGCCAAGAAUAGAUAUAAGAACAUAUUACCAUUUGACCACACGAGGGUGAAGUUGAAAGAUGUCGACAGCUUGAUUGCAGGCGCAGACUACAUCAAUGCGAACUACAUACGUCAGCCGACGGAGGCGGAGCAGAAUGAUAUGAGCUCGUCAUCCGAAAAUCUAUCGCAAUCGGGCGGCUCAGUAAACAAUGGUAGCAUUGCCGGAAUGCAGUUAAAUUCAGCAACUAACAAUAACUCCACCAACGGUACCGCCUUGAACAACGGGAAUACUUCAAGCUAUGGCGCAGGUUUAAUGCAGCCUACAAAGAAUUGUUCCAGCUGUCAGCUGUUGAAUAAAUCUUGUGCUCAGUGCUCAUUAAAGGUCACCAAUGAGGGUGUGAAACAUAAGCGGAAUGAAUCGAUAACAUCGCGAAUGCAGUUGCAACAGCAGCAUUCGCCUCACAAAAGGGACGAAAAGGAUCUGUUCAAAACGUACAUCGCCACGCAAGGCUGCCUGGCGAACACGAUACAGGACUUCUGGAACAUGAUUUGGCAGGAGAAUACGCGCGUAAUCGUUAUGACGACCAAAGAGAUGGAGCGGGGCAAAAAGAAGUGCGAAAAGUACUGGCCCGAUCCGCAGCAAAACAGGGAGUGGGGUAACGCGCGUGUUCGUUGCUUGAGUGAGACCAGCACAGCGGAUUACACUCUGCGGGAGUUUCUGCUGUCGUGGCGUGGCCAGGAUGAGCGCAAGAUCUACCAGUAUCACUUCCAAGUAUGGCCCGAUCAUGGAGUACCAGGGGACCCAGGUUGUGUGUUAAACUUUUUGCAAGAUGUUAACACUCGCCAGGCUCAGUUGCAGCUAGAAGGACUGUUGCCCGGUCCAAUAUGCGUGCAUUGCUCAGCCGGCAUUGGGCGAACCGGAACGUUUAUUGUGAUCGAUAUGAUUUUGGAUCAAAUUCUGCGCCAAGGGCAUGAAUGUGAGAUCGAUAUUCAACGAACAAUCCAGAUGGUGCGAUCACAGAGGUCUGGAAUGGUUCAGACGGAAGCCCAGUAUAAAUUCGUGUACUUUGCCGUUCAGCACUACAUCCAGACGCUACUUCAGCGGAAGCAAGCCGAGCAACAAAGCUUGCAAGUCGGUCGUGAAUACACCAAUAUUAAAUCGACGUCUGAUUCACAGUUGCCACUGCCACGGGCUGUGAAUGAUUUAAACAACUCAUUAUCAGUAUAUGAGAACAUUCCCAAAGAAAUUGUACGUGCACCACCGCCGCCGACACCACCGAGGAAAUCAUGACAAAUGGAUUUUUAGAAACUAUAAGGCAUACGUUGUGAAAAUGUGAACAUAAAAUGUGAAAUUUCUUCGUAAUUCUUUUACGUUCUUGGUUGUGUACGGCCGAAUAAGUUUUUCUCAAUGCUUUGACGACUUUUCUUUCCGUUCAGUUUGAACUAAAACUCCAAUAUUAUUCUUAUCAAUUACAGCUUGUCAUAAUAAGUGUGAGUGUGGAGAUAUAUUUGUUACGAAAAUUUAGUGAUCACAGAGCGCACAUUCUUCUGCAAUGUUAGUUCAUGUUAUUAUUCAUAUUCCGUGUUUGUUUUCUAUUACACGCUUUACAAAUUUAAAUAAAAAAAUAUAGAAGUAAAACAAAUCAAGCUAACACAUCUGAUCAAAAGUACCAGCAACUUCUCAGAAGUUCGAAGAUGUCGUUAAGCAAAUUGGUUUCAAACCCAGCAAUCAUUGAUUUUAUAGAAUGCGCGCAACUGCACGUAAAGUAGGAAAUUCGUAAUGGUAUUUUGUCUCAUAUUAAUAACGUUUUGUUUGCUCUUUUUCUUAUUCCGGCUUCUGUAAUAAAUUGUCCAAAAAAUAAAAAAACAUUUAAACAUAAAUGAAACGUUAAGCCUAAUCAUAAUAUGUGCCCAAAUUCAUGAGCAUAAUGAAAAAUACAAUCGAAAUGAAAAGCAGACAUAAAUGUGUUACAAGCUUUAAUUGUGAUUACCAGUAUCGGUAAAUUAGAUACCGAUUGUAAAACUCCGUAUUUGUGAAUCAACAUCGUACACGUGUUAAGCAAACUAUACUUACGUGUUAAGCAUACUAUAGAUGUGUAACGCUUACUAGUAAUCGAUUGCUAAACAAACUAAAAUGUGGUUUAACUAUGUUGGGAUAAAACAGAAAAUGAAUCAUCUGUAGCUGGAACAAGAACAAAUUAUACGAUGGCCAAUACCAAGCAAACCUAAUUGAUUAGAAUAGUAUAAAGAAUUGUAACGAAAGUCCGUAGUCUUCAAGUGAGCAUCUCAUGUUUGAAAUUAAAGACAACAAAACAUAUAGAAACUGUAAACAAGAAGUAAUUAUUUUUGUAUACUAGUAAUUAAUUGUGUGAAGAAGCGUGUCUGAAAUAUUAUACAAAAGAUUGUGGUCGCUAUUUAAAAUAUUUCUAGUGACCUUCACUGAAUACUUAAUAGGCGUGAACAGAUCAAAGAACAAUACUGUUUAAAGGUACAAGAAAAAUAAUUGACCUAACGUUAGGACCAGGCUCAGAGAGAGAUGCAGCACCGUUUUCUAAGAAGUGAAUCAUGAAGGCAAUGUUUUGAAUACAAUGUUUGACGAAGUAUGCACUCUAUACCAUUUUGUAUACUUUUCAGUUUCAACAUGUUUCAGUGUUUCGAUAUUACGGUUUUGUUCAGCAUAGUGAUAAGAUUAUAUUUAACAGCGCUAAUCGAAAAGUAACGAUCAACGGAUCGUGACUUCAGUUUUUUUUUGUGUACUUUUGAUAAUACCCUGUUGUUUGUAUCACAAAAGUAAUUUCAAGGUACUUUUAAGUACUGCAUUGUUUCAAAUAUGUUUAACAUAUUAUUUUUCUCAAUCAUGUUAUAAUUUCUUUUACUAUUGCUACGUUUUACCUCUUCACUUUAUUCAUUCAAGCAAGUGCAAGAAUGGGCUAUGUUGUGCUUGAAACUUCGCUCACCGGUUACUUCCGUUUCCAAUGGUUUAGCUUGAAGUCUACACCCAGUGAGUGUUUUUGUUAUUAACUUUAGUUAUAACUCUGAAAUUACGAGAAAAAUUACCAAAAAACAUUCAUCUAAUCCUAUCUGAAGGUACACCUUUGGCCGCCUUAAGACGAAAGUAGGCAAACAAAUUAUUUAAACCAAGCAGAACACAAUAUUUUGGAAAAAGAAUGAAAAGAACAGGUUUACAUAUUGAUCUUGAAAAUAAAAUUAAGAAGAAUGUGAUGUAAAGGUAAAUAGAAUCAGCAAUCGAGAGAUUUGUCCUAGGAAAGGUGGUAGGAACGAACAGUUAAUAUCUGUUUAAUUUAAAAUAGCCCUCAUAAAGUUUAUCUUUGCCGUCUACUUUCUCUUGUUCGGUUGAAGAUAAAAUGAUAUAAGUUAUUUGAAAGCGAAUAUUGUGAACCUGUACUCAUUAAACAUGCAAGUCAAUAAUUAAAAAUUAGAAGUACUCGGUGAAACCUGUGUUGACAAUGUUGGCGAACAUUUAUAAAGGGAAAAUUGUGGUAGAACAGAUAAACAGGAAAUUAGGAACAUAG